GGUGCCAGGGUUUCUGUCGGGCUUACGCGCCUGUUGAAAACUAUACGUUGUUGUACCCACAACUCCGAUGGUUAAAUUCUAUUAAUAGAUAUAAAAGUGCCUUUUUUCCGAAAUUUUAAAAAGCGAAAAGAAGUUCAGUUCUGAGAAAUGAAAAAUAAAAUAAACUCUUGUAAUGUGUAAUCACCGAGGACUGUAUUGUAGGAUUUAAUUGUUUAUACAAUGCAAAGGGUUUUGAGUUUGGAGACAAGUCGAUGUACUGAUACUAGCGGAGAGUUUGUGUCAAAAAGACUUUGUGUUAGUUUCUUAUUUUCAAUCGCAUUUUUCGCCCUUCUUGGAGGCUACCUGUUAGGCAGAUACGCCACCGAAAGAGCCCUAAUCAUAAAGAAGAAAACAACGCUGGAAGAUAUUAACGUAGAAGAUUCAAAAUCCUUCGAAACCUUGUACCGUUUGUCCGAAAUAACUCAACAGAUACACAAUUCCACGAAAAUGUUGUCUACAUCACAACAGAAUUUGAAAAGUGAGCACAUAGAUGAAAUUUAUAAACAUAUCCAGUGCAAUAUUGAUUUCGUCAAAAUUCCUGAUAAAAUCCAGUUCCAAAAUGACGUACCAUUAGAAAUUAGCAAAAUAGUGCACAAUCAGUUGAAAUCCUUCGAAGAUUGUUACAAAACAGUGAGCGAACUGUUGGAACAAUAUGUUACCCCCGUUGAAAACAAUAGGUGAAAAAAUGACCCACAAAAAAUUGUUUUUAAAAGACUGUUCGUGGUGAAAUAAAAUAAUACACUUAUUAUGGAUGGAUUUAUAAAUGCAGAACACAGAUGUAAAUAAAAUAUUUGUUAUUCAGGUAUCAAUGAUAAAUUAUUUAAUUUUGUAUUAUUAAUGAGAAUAAGCAAUGCAUAUUAAAACAAGACAUGACAUUAAAGGCCUUAAAAUAAACGAAAAGACCGCAUCAGGAAUUUUUGCGACUUAAUAUUUGAUGUAUACAAAAUCUUAAAAUAAAAAAGUCAUCCAAUAGUCAUUGCUUUUAUAAAAAUAUCUAGGCAUAAAGUAACUCUCAAAAGUUUUCGUCAAGUUCAAAUGAUACUUUAGAACAUACAUUUUGAGUCCAGAAAAAUGCAAGUAAGUUUUUUGAUAGUACAGAUUUUAAUUAAAACGAAAAAGCUACUAGUUUUUCAAUACAUUUAAAAGUUUUUGAAAAUAUCAAUCAAAAUGCCAAAUCUUAAGGUUCCAAGUGCAAGUUAAGUCAGAAACUCGAAAACAUAAAAAGCACUCGUAAAUUAUAAUUUUUCUAUUUUUUAAAAAUAUUCUAGAAACUUUAAACUGCGACUAAUGUCCAAAAUAAAGUAAAAAAUUGUGUUAACAGCCUUUUAAUUCAGUUAAAAAAAAGGUAAAAAUGUGCCAAAUUCACACUUUUGGAGAAAUUAAAAUCAAAAGGUGUUACCUAAGAUGUUUAAAACUAUUCGACAUUUUAAAAAACAAGUACAUAUAGUCUUUUUAAUGCUAUAAUUUGUACCAAUAUAGAGCGAUAAUAAAAUUUAUUUAUAAAUCGAAAUAAAAUACCUAUAUAC